AUGGCAUUGGUGAAGAACAUUGUCCUCCUCCUCCUCUUCCUUCCCGCCCUUGAUGCAUUCUCAAGCCAUACCUCUUUCCCUCAAGAAGAAGCAAAUGCCUUCGAAGAAUCCUUGAUACUCCAAGCUUGCUUCAACACCACAAAUCCUGAGACUUGCACCACUCGCAUCCACACCGAACGCCAUCGGGCGGGGCUCAAUGGUCCCUUCUCGGUCCUCCAUGGUGCCCUCAAGGGAACGAUCGAUGAGGUGGUACGUACAAUUGACAACAUAUCGGGGCUCACUGCAGUUUCUGAUAGCCUUCGUGAGGAGAUGGCAAUCAAUGACUGCUUGGAGCUUCUCAGCUACUCAGUAGAUGAACUUGACUGGUCCUUGGCUGAAAUGAGUUGGAUCCAGUCAGAGGCCACCAACAUGCACCAUGACGAGAAUCUACGUGCAUGGCUUAGCGCCGCGCUCAGCAACCAGGACACAUGCUUGGAGGGCUUCGAGGGCACCGAUGGCCGGCUCAAGCAUUACAUCGAGGGGAGCUUGGGAGAAGUGACACAACUUGUUAGCAAUUUGCUCAUGAUGUACAAGAGAAUGCAUAGUAUAAUACCCCAUGUACCAAUUAAAAAUGUUAGUGAUAGCAGUCAGGAUCUAGAAUUGCCACCAUGGGUCGAAAUUGGAGAAGAGCUAGUGCAUGCAGAUCCAAAGGCAAUGCAUGUGGAUGCAGUGGUGGCCUUGGAUGGCAGUGGUAGGUUUAGAUCCAUCAACGAGGCAGUAAACCGAGCACCAAGUCAGAGCUCAAAGAGGCACGUUAUUUAUGUGAAGAAGGGGGAGUAUAAAGAGAAUGUGGAAUUGAAGAAGAAGAAGACCAAUAUUAUGCUUGUUGGGGAUGGAGUUGGCCAGACGGUGAUCACAGGAGGUAGGAAUUUCAUGCAAGGGUGGACCACUUUCAGGACUGCCACGUUUGCCGUCUCUGGCCAGGGGUUUGUUGCCAGGGACAUAACCUUCCGCAACACUGCUGGCCCACAAAACCACCAAGCGGUUGCCCUCCGGGUUGGCUCGGACCGCUCGGCCUUCUUCCGAUGCAGCAUUGAGGGCUACCAGGACACUCUCUAUGCCCACUCCCUUCGUCAAUUCUACCGCGAUUGCAACAUUUAUGGAACCAUUGACUUCAUUUUUGGUAACGGCCUUGUUGUGCUUCAACAUUGCAACAUCUACACCCGAAAGCCACUGCCCUACCAGAAGGUCACCAUCACCGCCCAAGGCCGAAAGGAUCCAAAUCAGAACACGGGCUUCUCGAUCCACAAUAGCUUUGUACACGCUACAUACCCGACGUACCUCGGCCGACCAUGGAAGCCAUACUCAAGGACUGUGUUCAUGCAGUCGUUCCUGAGCUCACAGGUGCAACCGGCUGGGUGGUUGGAGUGGGCUGGGAAUUUUGGACUGAGCACUUUGUGGUAUGGGGAGUACAGGAACUAUGGCCCAGGUGCUGCUCUUAGUGGGCGAGUCCGGUGGCCCGGUUAUCAUGUGAUACGUGAUGCAUCACUGGCCAGCUUCUUUACAGUGCGGAGGUUCAUCGAUGGACUGUCAUGGUUGCCGGCUACUGGCGUGACUUUCACAGCUGAUUUAAUUAAGUAGAUAUUAUGUUUUUUUCCCAUCUAUGAAGCAUGUGUUUCAAAUUGUUUGAAGAUAUAUGUUAUAGUUUAUGUCUGUCAUUUUGGUAGGGUUUGGUUUGUAUCGAAAAUGGUUAUGUCAAUGGGCCCUGUG